GACAGUCCUCCCCUCCUUUCUUUCUCUUUCUCCUCCAUCUUCCCACUCCCUCUCGAUAAACUCACAAUGGCUUUUGGCAAGCUUUACGGUCGUCCUGACAACACCCGCACUAUUGCGGUCCUCGUUGCUGCUAAGCACAACGAUCUUGAGCUUGAGCUUGUUGAGACCCAGGCCAACCCUGCUGCCGACUUCAACAAGUCCGAUGCCUACACCAAGAUUCAGCCUCUGGGCAAGAUCCCCGCUUUUGAGGGCGCUAACGGCUUCACUCUCUCUGAGGUUAUCGCCAUCGCUGUCUACGUGACUUCCCAGAACGAGAAGACUACCCUCCUCGGCAAGACCAAGCAGGACUAUGCUUCCAUCCUCCGCUGGUUGUCUUUCGCCAACUCUGAGCUCCUUGUUAGCUUCGGCUCUUGGUUCCGCCCCCUCCUUGGCCUCGACCCUUACAACAAGAAGAACGUUGAGGAUGCUUCUAAGGCUGCCCUGAAGAAGCUCGGUGUCCUUAACACUCACCUCACUGCCAACACCUACCUCGUCGGCGAGCGCAUCACCCUCGCCGAUCUUUUCACCGCUUCUCUUCUCACCCGUGCCUUCGCUACCGUCAUUGACAAGAAGGUCCGCGCUGACUACCCCGCCGUUACCCGGUGGUACCAGACCAUCAUUGAUCAGUCCGCCUUCAAGGCCGUUGUUGAGAACCCUGUUCUCAUUGACGAGGCCAUCAAGUACACUCCUCCCAAGAAGGAGGAGAAGCCCAAGAAGGAGGCUGCUCCUGCUGCCGCCGCUCCUGCUGCUGAGGAGGACAAGCCUGCUCCUAAGCCUAAGCACCCCCUUGAGGCUCUUGGCAAGCCCACUCUCAUCCUUGAUGACUGGAAGCGCACAUACUCCAACGAGGAUACCCGCUCUGUUGCUAUGCCCUGGUUCUGGCAGAACUAUAAGCCCGAGGAGUACUCACUCUGGAAAGUGAACUACAAGUAUGACAACGAGCUCAAGCUCACCUUCAUGGCCAACAACCUGAUCGGUGGUUUCCACGCUCGUCUUGAGGCUUCCCGCAAGUACCUCUUUGGUUGCCAGGGUGUCUACGGAGAGAACUACGCUUGUGUCAACCGAGGUGUCUUCUUGGUCCGUGGCCAAGAGGCUCUUCCCGCCUUCGAUGUCGCUCCUGACUACGAGAGCUACGAGUUCAUCAAGCUCGACCACACCAACGAGGCUGAUCGCAAGUAUGUUGAGGACAUCUGGGCCUGGGACACCCCUGUUGUUGUCGACGGCAAGGAGCUCCCCAACGUCGAUGGCCACGUCUUCAAAUAAACGACUUAGAUGCCAUAGUAACUGACUCAUGAUGAUGAUAUCCAAAACACACUAUGACACUUUUCUUUCUUCCGUUCGAUUUCGUCCAUAAACUCUUAAAAGUAUCUUUAUCGUCCAUGCGGUCUGAAGUAAGUUAUUGAUUCAGCAGUUGUUUCAAGCAAUGUCUACGAGUCACGAUGUAAUGUUCUAUGAUUGGUCAGUUGCUAGAAACAGAGGAAAACCAUGAAAACUCUUAUCUUAUCCAACCCUGGACCACCUGCUUUCCAACUAUGUGACUUUGUUCAUUGUGAUUUAAGGCACAGGUGAAUUUAUCUGCAUUUA